UGGGUCAGCCAUAUUUGUUGACAUUGGAAGCGGGGAACCGACUCUGCAUGAAAAAUGGUCCUCGUCGCAGGGGUUGGAAUAGGCGUGAUGGUGCUUGGCAUCGUCUGGGGCCUCGCAUUGCUUCUCUGUUUAUCCAUGUCACGAGCUCAAGGAGCUGCAUCAAACCUUGGCAUUGUGACAGUCCUUUUGGCGUUGCUCCUGACAGUUAUUCUUGUGGUGUUACCAAGGGAACCGCUUACAGCAUCUGCGGAAGAAUCUGUUGUGGUAUAUGAUUAUUCGAUUAUCUACCGGUCGUUACUAAUCGCUGGAUGUGGCCUCUUCCUGUUAAUUGGACUGGUUGCCUACCUAACAACCCACGUCAUGGAGCCACACUACGCAAAACCACUCCGCCGGCUACGCACAUAGAGGUCAAGGUCAUCAUGAAGAGGGCAAGGUUAUAGUCAGCAAGGUGCUUAGAAGCAUAUGUCAAGGUUAAAGUGAGGAGCUCCUAAUAACAGAAAGGACAUUUCAAGUGAUUGGAACUUAGAAAUAGGUUUCUGUGAUAUUUUAUAGAAAGUUUGCUUGAACGUAUGUACCUGUGAUAAUAUGGACAGAGUAAAGUUUUGUUCAUAGAAAAGUGUUCCAAAACUUGAAUAGGGUCGAGAAAGUUCCCGCAAUUCUCAUUUCUUUGAAGAUGUGGGAGGUAAACUUGACCAUAGGCACUUGACCAUGACUAGAAUAUAGUAUAGUACAGCAUGAUGAGAGUCUUAACAGGCCAGUAGUAAGGUGUGGUCAUCGUAUGGUCAAGUGUGAUAACUGGACAGGAUAUAAGAGUUGUCUCACCGGUCAGUAACAUUUUAACAACAUAUUCAUCACUGACCAAGGUUACUGUUAAUAUGUACAGUACAGUGGGACAGGGAUCCUUCAGCUCAGUGAAAUACAGGUGACUAAUUGUUAAUGAGAUUGGAAUCUAUGGAUUUCAAAGAUAAUAUUCCUGAAGACAACAAUGACUGGAAAUUUCUUCACAUCUGCUUACAUUUAGGUGUCAAGUUGGACCCUGUGAUUGAAGGAAUAAUUCUACAACCACACAUCGCUCUGUGUAACCUAUCUCUAUACCAACAUGAACUGAUAACAUGUAUUUUUAUAUUGAAAGAGAGAUCUGUUCAGAAGAAUGUCAUGUCUUGAUCACUAGAUUUCAAUUUUAAUCGUCUUUGUAGUGCUACACAAGUUUUUAAGUCCAUAUUUUACAUUGUUUUUUUUAAUUUAUUUUUCAAUAGUCGUGAUGUGUUAUUAUGCAAAGAAAGAAAACAUUAAACUCAUUAUGUAUGGCUGACACUAGGGUAUUAUUGUAUGGUUGUAAAGCGUAUGUCAGUAAGAUGGAUUUUGUAUGAUUGUUUUGUCUGGAGUAUGAAUGAUUAUGUAGAAAUGUUGAAAUAUUUUAUAUAUAUCGUAACUAUCUGGAAAUAAGCCCACAAACUUAUUUUAUAAGUUAAAUAUAGUACAUGAAAAGAAAUAUUUAUAUAAAUAUUAUGAUAUAAUAAAAA